AUGAAUGCAUUAAAAUUAUCAGAUAAAGAUACAAAAGUUGCUAUUAAAGUUGGUCCACAAGCUAUACAAGUAACAUCAAAUGAAACAACUAAAGUACUUGGUCAUAAUGUUUUACUUAAUGAUGUUUAUUAUGCUUCAGAAAUUGAAGAAGUUUGCCUUGUUAAUGAUAAUCAAUUUACAUUAACAAUAGCCAAUCAACACAGAACCAUAUCAUCAGAAAAAUUAGCAUUAAAAGAAGCACAUUUAACAUUAGAAUUUUUAGAAGAAUGUAUUCAAGCUUUUAGAAAUUCAACAAUUGAAUUAAAAUAUUUAUGCUUAGGAUCUAUGACAAAAUGGUUACUGAAUUUAACGCAAUUUUAUGAUAUUGCUAUUUUACUUCGUUAUUUAUUAAUGCUUUCAUUUAAUAAUUCAUUUGAUAUUGCUUCACAUUUACCAUUUCUAUAUCAUAUUGUUACAUUACUUGUUAGUACAGAUUCAUUAACAUUAUGUGUAUCAACACAUGAUCUUGUUAUAAAUAUUUUACAUUCAUUAUUAUACAUAUUCUCAAUCACAAUUUAG